CAAGCUGGGUGUUUGUGUCACGGUCGGUUGUGCAGGGGUGGGGGUGGGAGAGGCUCCGGUAGCAGACAGUAAAUCGGGAGAGUCAGCUCAGCGCUGCCUGCCAGGCCCUCCGGGCCUCUCAGCGAAGCACCGUCGGGCAGCAGGCUGAAUCAAUGGUUAAGGCAGCGGGGGCUCGCCCCAGUGCAGGCUCCUGGAAAGCAGCUGGUUUCAUCACAGACAUCCACAGAUGCCUUACUUGACAAGGCUCGUUUUGUUUUUGUUUUGCUUGGUGCUCCUCGUGGAGAGCAGAAAGCCCAGAAGGAAGAGAUGGACAGGGCAGCUGGAAUCACCCAGGUCAAGCCACCUGUAUAAGAAGAACCUCGAUGUGACCAAAGUCCACAAGGGCAAGCCGCAGCCACUUCUCCGAGUGGAUGACCACGACUUCACCAUGAGGCCGGCUUUUGGAGGCCCUGCCAUCCCAGUGGGUGUGGACGUGCAGGUGGAGAGUCUGGACAGCAUCUCCGAGGUGGACAUGGACUUCACCAUGACCUUGUACCUGCGGCAUUACUGGAAGGAUGAAAGGCUGGCCUUCCCCAGUGCCAGCAACAAGAGCAUGACCUUCGACGGCCGGCUGGUGAAGAAGAUUUGGGUCCCUGAUGUCUUCUUUGUUCACUCCAAAAGGUCGUUUAUUCACGACACCACCACUGACAACAUCAUGCUGAGGGUGUUUCCAGACGGCCACGUGCUGUACAGCAUGAGGAUUACGGUCACUGCCAUGUGCAACAUGGAUUUCAGCCACUUCCCCCUGGACUCCCAGACCUGCUCUUUGGAACUGGAGAGCUAUGCAUACACAGAUGAAGAUCUGAUGCUGUAUUGGAAGAAUGGGGACGAGUCCCUGAAAACAGACGAGAAGAUCUCCUUGUCUCAGUUUCUGAUCCAGAAAUUUCAUACGACAUCCAGACUGGCCUUCUACAGCAGCACUGGCUGGUACAACCGUCUGUACAUCAACUUCACCUUGCGGCGCCACAUCUUCUUCUUCUUGCUCCAAACCUAUUUCCCCGCCACCCUGAUGGUCAUGCUGUCCUGGGUGUCUUUCUGGAUCGACCGCAGAGCUGUGCCCGCCAGAGUUUCCCUGGGCAUCACGACGGUGCUGACCAUGUCCACCAUCAUCACGGGCGUGAACGCCUCCAUGCCGCGCGUGUCCUACAUCAAGGCCGUGGACAUCUACCUCUGGGUCAGCUUCGUGUUUGUGUUCCUCUCGGUGCUGGAGUACGCGGCCGUCAACUACCUGACCACGGUGCAGGAGCGGAAGGAGCGGAAGCUACGGGAGAAGUUCCCGUGCAUGUGUGGGAUGCUUCAUUCAAGAACCAUGAUGCUGGAUGGAAGUUACAGUGAGUCCGAGGCCAACAGCCUGGCCAGCUACCCCAGGAGCCACAUUCUGACGGAGGAGGAGAGGCAGGACAAGAUAGUGGUCCACCUGGCCCUGAGCAAUGAAGCCACCUCCUCCAGGAAGCGGGGACUCCUGAGGGGCCAGAUGGGGCUUCGCAUCUUCCAGAACACCCACGCCAUUGACAAGUACUCCAGAUUGAUCUUCCCUGCCUCCUACAUAUUUUUCAACUUAAUUUAUUGGUCAGUGUUCUCCUAGGGGUUCCAAGGCUGCGCCUAGCAGUGGGCACGGACAUCCCUGGGGCUGGCCAGCCACAGACACGUGGACCUGUUGACCACGCUCCCUCGCCAGACACAGCAGCCACUCCUGGGCGCCAUGAGGAGCACCCCUCGCUCGGGAGCCCAGCUGCCCUUGCCCCGGACCUCGUGGGUGUGCUCCUUGUCCACGCUGUGUGCUGUGUCACACUUUGUGUGUCUCUGGGACCAUCCUCUUCUGUUCUUGUGUGCGAACUAGUUCUCCCAUGUAAAGCAGAAAGACUCCAAUGCCUCCCGGAUGCUCUUAGAGCCUCAGAAGCUGAGGAAGGCAAGGGAAAGGAUGGACACGCUACGGGCGUUCUGGAUAGGAGACAGCAAAUUAGAAUGACAGCAACAUCUGCGAACCCCUGCGACUGGAUUAAGUGCCUACCUAGGAAGGAGAAAACUCAGAUCCCAGACCAGAGAAGGAUUUGGCCUGUGUGAGUUGAACAACCCACACUGCGAGAUGAUUUUGCAGUCGGAGGGGAGACUGUUCCUCCAUCCAUCCCUUCAACCAUUCAUUAACUAUCGAGUCCCACUCUGCCAGACUGUGGAAAUGAGCAGCUGAGUCCUUUUCCUUGGAGAACAUCUCUAAGCUGUGCUCUCACUUCUGCCCGCCCCCUCUCUCAACCCCAACUUUGCUCCUAGGGAUGUCUAGAAAAGCAUUUGGGCCAGCGCCGCGGCUCACUAGGCUAAUCCUCCGCCUUGCGGCGCCGGCACACCGGGUUCUAGUCCAAGUCGGGGCGCCGGAUUCUGUCCCGGUUGCCCCUCUUCCAGGCCAGCUCUCUGCUGUGGCCAGGGAGUGCAGUGGAGGAUGGCCCAGGUGCUUGGGUUCCUGCACCCCAUGGGAGACCAGGAUAAGUACCUGGCUCCUGCCAUCGGAUUGGCGCAGUGCGCCAGCCGUAGCGUGCUGGCUGCGGCGGCCAUUGGAGGGUGAACCAACAGCAAAGGAAGACCUUUCUCUCUGUCUCUCUCUCUCUCACUGUCCACUCUGCCUGUCAAAAAAAAAAAAAAAAGCAUUUGGGAUCGCCCGUGAGACCCCCACCCCAGAGCCAGCUCCAUACUUCUCAGGCGGGGCAAGAGAAUUAAUGAGAGCAGAACUUGGUCUUGGGGAAGAAGGGGACAUGGGUCUGCUGUGGAAAUUCGGUUCAGAUGCCAUCCUACCUCCGUGUGGACUCCUCACUUAUCCCCCAGUGGAGCAAUGUCCAAGCCUCACCCCCUACUCUAACCCAAAGAUCUCACACUCCAAAAUGACUUCUGUGCUUCCACAAAGUCAAGACCUUUCCCUCUAAUGCAGCAAAGCCCAGAGUUAGGAAAGCCAUCUCAUUUACUCAGUCCCCUAGCCUUGUGUUAGGAGGUUUCUAGAUACGUAAGUGAAUCUCUGAUUAGUAGACAUUCAUGUGGUAUCAAGGAAGUGAUUUUAAUAAAGGGGCUCUUCCUUUAUAGCACUUGGAGACAGAACGCAGUUCUUGGGGAGCAGGGAGGGAGACCCACCUGGGGUUCAUGGCUCAACAAAGGAUGUUGGUCUGCCUUCUUCCCCAGAGCCCUCACCAGAUUCCUGCUCUAAAUUUUGUUCAAGUGUAGAAAAAUGGUAGCACAAAUAAAGGGAUUCCCUCUGCCUUAAAUGAAGUAAGCUCUGGCCUGUGGAUCCUGCCCCGCGGCUCAUGUCUCUAGGGACAGGGAUGCUUCGUUCCUGAGGGUGAGGGCACACCUGAAUACCAGAGCCUCCAGGAGUUGCAAGUCAGGGGCUGGGAGCUGCCUGAUCCUCUCACUCCCUCACAUUCCUGGCCUUGCGUCUGGCCCACCCACCUUUCACCCAUCUCCCCCAUUUCCAGGUAUAUUCCUUAUGUGAUCCUGGUCCCAGACACUUGCUUUGCUAGUUCCUUGCCUGUGCUAAGGCCAACACUCAUCCUCUCCGGCCACCAACCCCGUGUGGACUGUGGUUUCCAGCCCACCGGUCUAGGGACUGUGUGAUCAGGGCUGGCACUCAAAGGGCCAACUCCCAGCUGGGCAGGGUGCAGGCACCAGUAGAACACAGGUUACCUUGGUAGACUGUAAGUUUAGAAGGUUCCCAAGGCCAUCCUUAAGUUUAAUAAUUGUCUAGAAAGACUUGCAGAAGUCAGAACAGCCAAUAUGAUCAUGGUUGCAGUUUUUUUUUUUUUUUUUUAAUUUUUUACAGGCAGAGUGGACAGUGAGAGAGAGAGACAGAGAGAGAAAGGUCUUCCUUUGCCGUUGGUUCACCCUCCAAUGGCCGCCGCUGCAGCCGGCGCACCACGCUGAUCCGAUGGCAGGAGCCAGGAUCCAGGUGCUUUUCCUGGUCUCCCAUGGGGUGCAGGGCCCAAGCACCUGGGCCAUCCUCCACUGCACUCCCUGGCCAUAGCAGAGAGCUGGCCUGGAAGAGGGGCAACCGGGACAGAAUCCGGCGCCCCGACCGGGACUAGAACCCGGUGUGCCGGCGCCGCAAGGUGGAGGAUUAGCCUAUUGAGCCACGGCGCCGGC